AUCUGUUUAUAAAAUUUCCAUUUCAGACAUUCGAAUGUUUUAGUUAUGUCAUUUUACGCUGCUGCCAUCAUUCGCAGGUGAAAGCCGAACAAACGUUUGUUAUCGAAAGGCCGUUAUGUUGGUUAUACGUUGAGUGGUGAUUUUUCCUCGCCUGUGAGAGCGAAAAAACUUUAGCGUAAUGAAGAAGAAUGUUAUACAUGCCCAACGAAAGAGAAUUCAUGGACUUCCUGUAGCAGUAAACUCAUUCAGGAAGACAUUAAACAGCCUUUCGAGCAUCUUGAAGAAAAAGUUCUACAUAAGUAGUGACUCAUGUACCUUGAGUACAUUAGUCAGUAUAGGUAUUACCAAGAAAAAAGUGGGCGUGAUUCUCUUAAGAAAAAAUGCGGAAGUCCCGUCAUCGCGUUCAUCACUCUCAUCUGUAAAGACGAAAUCCGACGAAACGUAUGAUGUAACGUAUCAUUUUACCAAAAAACCGAUACAUUCGUAAACUUUUUUGACAACUGUCAACAUCUGCCAGAACUUGAUAUCAUUCCCCAGGGAAGAGAACCACAGCCACUUUCCACUCAGUGAAUCUGCUCCCCCGUUUUCAAGAACAGGAGUCCUAUCUGGAAUCCUAACCAGUAGGUAUUUCCCGCCAGAUGAAGCACAGACAUUUUAUUGUUAUUUAUUACUAUUAUAAGAUGUCCAAAUGUAUUAUAAAAUUGCAAACUAAAACAUGAAAUUAAAC